AUGAAGGGCUGGUUCCCAACCCUCGCCCUUUCCACGCUCCUGGCAAGCGGGGUUUUUGCAAAUGAAGUCGAGAUAAAACAAGACGAUGCUCAUCGACAGAAAUGUGCCGGCAUGUACAGCCGAAAGGCCUGGGGCGGAGACGUCGAACCGUUCAUUCUCACAAAGUUUAAUAAGAUCGAAGAGGACGUGGCCGAGGACUACCUGGUCAGUCUGGUCGUUUUUGAAUGGGGUGACGAACAACUGAUCGGGCGGCCGGCUCCCGGCGGUGGUGAUGAUCUAGCAAAGGAACUUGCAACAAUAUGCGACCAAGCCAAUGUCGAGGCCAAGUUGUGUUCCCAAGAUGAACUGGGCGCUUUCAUCCUAGCCGAGAACGCCACGGAGAACUCGAAAUCUCCAAUCUUAUCACAAGCCAUCAACCUAAAAGACCCUGCUGCCAUCAACUACCCCAUCAAAAACACCGGAUUCUACUGUGUCAGUACUUUUGCCUACUCGGGACAUGAGUACGAGGGAGUUAUUGAGUUUCGCAAUGCCUAUGGCGAACUGCCUGGCGCCCAGAUCGCCAAACUACCCUUUUACGGUGGCCUGACAAUAGUAUAUGCUCUUAUUGGAGCAUUUUGGGCUUUCCUUUACGUUCAAAACCGACAUGACAUCUUGCCUGUUCAGAACUACAUUACGGCCAUCCUGAUUUUCCUAAUAGUUGAGGAGGCUAUGACAUGGAUAUUCUACGACUAUCAGAAUCGCCAUGGGUCGAAUGCAGGAUCCAAGGUCAUGAUGAUCAUUGUUGCCAUCCUAAAUGCCGGUCGAAACUCGUUUUCCUUUUUCCUGCUGCUCAUCGUCUGUAUGGGCUACGGAGUCGUCAAGCCAACAUUGGGAAGAACCAUGGUCUGGGUCCGUAUUCUUGCUAUUACCCACUUUGUGUUUGGUAUGAUCUAUUCCAUCGCAAGUUUGUCUAUUGCACCCGACAGUGCCGGACCUCUGGUUUUGCUGGUGAUCCUGCCACUUGCCGCCACCCUGACGGCGUUUUACGUCUGGACACUCAACUCUCUAAACUCGACUAUGAAGGACCUGAUUGAGCGGAGACAAAAGACCAAAGCAUUGAUGUAUAAGAAACUGUGGUGGUGCAUUCUUGGCAGCAUUGUAGUAAUCUUUGGUUUCUUCUUCCUCAAUUCGAUCGCCUUUGCCGGACACAACGCAGCCAACUUUGUGCCAGAUCACUGGAAGACCAGAUGGUUCGUGCUGGAUGGCUGGCUGAAUAUUGUGUAUCUUUUCGAUAUUGCAUUUAUUGCGUAUCUGUGGCGCCCAACCGCAAACAACCGCCGAUUUGCCAUGAGCGACGAGCUUGCUCAAGACGACGACGGCUUCGAAAUCCGCUCUCUUGCAAACUCACUCGACGAAGAGGACGCUGUCGGCAUCGAUGACGACGAGUUUGAACACCACAACCGACAUGAAAGGGAGCUAUCCCCGGUGCCACCGAAACCCGUCCAACCCGCACCCCAGCACCGCGAAUCUCUGGACGGCGAGACUAUUUUUGCCGUGGGUGACGAAGACGGAGACAAGUUUAGCGACGACGAGGACGAAGACACUUUCCGCAAGUCCUCCGAAGAACGAAGAGGGCUUACUGGCGGACGGAGUACUUGA